GGACGUGUAGUCAAUUUUGCGUGCGAAGCGAAGAAUUUUAAUUUACCUUCGCACAUUACAAUAAAUGGUACCUGAAUAGUUUACUAAAAUGUACAAUGGAAUUGGGCUGACUACACCCCGAGGGUCUGGAACCAAUGGCUACGUUCAAAGAAAUUGGGCUUCGGUAAGAAAAACCAAAGAUACGGUGAACUAUCGUACAGAAGAAGAAAUAGCAAAAUUAGACUCUGCGUCUAACAAGCAGCCAAAUCGCGAAAUCCUAGAUCAUGAAAGGAAGAGAAAGAUUGAAGUGAAAUGUGCAGAGCUGGAGGACAGUCUCGAGAGUAUAGGGUUGCCGAAGGAUGAGAUAGCUGCGCGGGUGGCCUCGUUCAGGGCAAAGCUUGCGGAGACCGGAGGCCCCGACAAAGACGUCCCCAGGGACGAGUUUGGAAGAGUGGCCGUGCGGGAGACGCAUGCGAUCGCGGAGGCGCAGCAGGAGAAGAACGCGCGGUUGCGCGACGCGUUCGGGAUUUCACCGCGGUUCGUGGAGGGCACCAGCCUGGACACGGAGAAGCGCGCACGCGAGCACGCGCAGCGGUACCCGCUCGUCAGAACGCCCAGCCAUGAGCGGGAGGAGCGAGACACGCACGUUUCCAAAAGAAAGAAGAAAAGAAGCACGUCACCAGAAACUAAGAAGUUAAAGAAGAAGAAAUCGAAGAAGAAUAAAAAAGAAAAACAAGAAAGCAGCAAGAAAAAGAAGAAGCGGUCUAAAUCAUCAGACUCGAGCAGUUCAAGCAGUACGGAGGCUCAGCAGGACAGCGACACUGGAAGCUCAGAGGAUGAAAGGCAGAAGAAGAAGAAAAAGAAAAAGUCGAGCAGUAGACGUCGCGACAGCAGCGCGCCGUCCAGUCGGGAGAGUUCCCCUGCAAAGUACACAAAAGAGAAACCUCGUGAACGUCACAGCGAAAGCCGCGAUGGUGAUAGGAAUCAAUAUAGAAAGAGAGAUAGAGACCAGGAGGACAGGAGGAGAUAUGAGAAAGACGUAGCCCCUGUCAGGGUCAGCCGACCAGCUGAACCCAGAAAAAAACGACAAGAGAGAAGUCCCUCCAGGGAACAUUACCAUUCCUCUCCCGACAGACCGCGGCAAAGAUCUCAUAUAACAAAAAUUGAAAACAAAAAGCGGGAACCGUCUCGAGAAUCUGAGAGGCAAGAGCAAAGUAAACGAUCGAGGCGUGAUCGACGGUCGUCACCAGAAUCCGAACCUGAAGAACCUUCUAGAGCUCGAUCCGAUAAGAGAGACAAGAAACAGUAUAAUAGAGAAAAGAGCAACUCCCCUCCGCCUGAAAAGAGGCGUCGCAGAAGUCCUUCGGCUCAAUACGAAAGAAGUGAAGGCACUUAUUACAACAAGAAAGCAGUCAUUGAGAAGGAAAACAGUAGAGCUCGCCGUGGCAGUUCGCCACGAGAAGUUAGAAGAAGAAGUCCAUCACCAGAAUAUAGAAGAAGGAAAGAAGAGCCCAGGAGAGAAAAAGAAGACAAAUAUGAAAGAAAUAAUAGGAGCAGUCGUGAUCGGCACGAAGAACGCAGGCAGAGGGACAGAGAAGAUUCCGAGGAGGCGCCCAGGCAACGAAAAUAUAAAAGUCCCAUAAAAGAGAGAGACGAACGCGCCAUCUCGCCCGAUUAUAAAGAGCGAUCUCCAGUGAAUAAGAAAUCGUAUAAAAAUAAGGAAUCUCGUAGCGAUGAUAGGUAUUAUAAAAAUUCAAGACCCGAAAGAAGAUCUUCUUCCUCGGACUCUGAGCCACCACCGAAACCGCCACCUGAGAAAGUGCGCAAAAGCAAAGAAAAGUAUUACAAGGACAGGAGUCUAUCGCCACCACAGAGGGAUAGAGAAAAAAGACGGAGCAGGUCUCCCGAAUACAGACGGAAAGUGUCACCAAAAAGCAAGGUGGACAAAUACAAAUCAAAAGUGGUAGAGAACGACCGAGAUCGAAGCCGAUCUAAGAAAAGGUCACCUACGCCCGAUCGGAAACGCAGUAGGCCGUCCCCGAGCAGAUCUAGAUCACCAUCGCCCGCGAGGAAGAUUUCAAAAAAAGAAAAACGAAAAGGCGACGUCCCUAACAGUUCAAAAGGGAAACGAGAAUCGGAAAGGCGCUCCUCCUCGCCCGAUAGAAAGAGCAAAGAUGGCAUAGAGCGCAACUACGGCAGGAGGCAAUCUCAAAAGCCUAAAUCGAGAUCUCGUUCAGUUCAAAAGAGCCGGAGCACGUCUAGUUUGAGCUACUCGCCGGCGAGGCGGAGUCCCGAAAGAUACCGCGACAUUAUAGAAAAACUGCCCGAAAAGGACAAGCGUAAAUACAUCAAGUCACCAUCAGAUUUGCAACCAAAGAAGAAGAAGAAGCAUCCGGCCAAUUAUAAACCGAAGGCCGUUUGUAUGAGGAGUUCUGGAAGCGAGAACGAGGAUACGGAGGACGAUUUCUUGGGUCUAGACGAGAGAGUGCGCCAAGAGGAAUUGGAUUUGAGGGAAAUGAACACGUUGAAAGAGAAGUUGGCUAAAAUGGCGAAAGCUUUGGAGAGGAAAAGAAUCGAGGAGGUGAAUGGUCCCUCGACGUCGCAACCGGCCCGAGAGGAACCUAAGCCCAAGGAGUUACCCAAGCCAAGGGAGGAACCCAAAGAGGAAACGCCGAAGGAAGAAAAGAGCCCAGUAGUUAUAGAAAUCAAAGAGAACUCUCCCCCUCCCGAGGAGAUCAAAAAGAGUCCUAGUCCUAAAAUGUGCAUCCGCCCGGAUAGCGGAAAGCGCAGGUUUGAAUCCUGUCUGACACCUAAACCGUUGGUAUAAAUAUUUUUAAAGCUUUUAUUUAACUUGCAAUGUAUGUAAUUUGUUUAGAUGGAAUCUUGCAACUCAAUUUUGAAGCUAAUAUCUUCAUUCGAUUGAGACGAUUUUUUUAUUAUGACGACGUUAUUAAAGUUUAAUGAUUAUUGGUGUAGGUACAGGCGAAGAGCCCAAACGCCAGUAUUAAGGGCGGCGAGGAGACAGCGCCGCCGCGUCGCCGCAGCUGGUCGUCGUCGCGGUCGCGGUCGCGCGGCAAGUCGUCCCGGUCGCGGUCGCGGUCGCAAUCACGCGCGUCACGUGGCAAGUCGUCGCGCUCGCGAUCACGAUCACACUCGCGCACUUCGCGCUCGCGCUCGCGGUCAUACUCGUCCUCCAGGUGAGUGUACUACUAGUACUAUAAUAAUAAUAAUAUUGUUUUUUUAUUUCAGACUAAAGUCUCCAUAGUUUUGUUUUAUUAGUAACAUUUUUCCUUAAUCUAUGUUAGUAAUACAUUUCCAUUUAAUUAAGCGAGGCGCAUCGCUUUCGGAUAAUGGCAUGGAAUCCAUCGGUCCUUGCCUCAGCGAACAUGCCAGAAGCACUACUGCGACGCGGCAGCCCCAUCAGCACCCGGAACGCGUUGUUGUACUGUACACGUAAAGCGUUGUAACCGCGAAUGUAAUGCGUACUGCAUUACAGUCGCGGUCAUACUCGUCCUCCAGUACUAUACUAGUACUUGGUCAUACUCUUCCUCCAAGUGAGUGUACUACUAGUACCAGGGCUUGUAACCGGUUUCGAAAUUUUUUUUUUAUGUUAUAGGGGGCAUACGAGCAGACGGCUCACCUGAUGGUAAGUGAUCACCGUCGCCCAUGGACACUUGUAACACCAGGAGUAUCACAAAUGCGAUGCCGGCCUUUAAGGAAGGAGUACGCUCUUUUUUUGAAGGUUCUUGGGUCGUAUUGGUCCGGAAACACUGCUGGCGACAACAUAUUCCACAGUAUUAUCGGUACCGGUAAAUAAAAGUCAAUACCGGUUUUUAGUAAAGGUUUCGUUCGGAGCGCGUCCGAAAUGAAAGCGGUACCACAAACCUUAAUAAACCGGUUUAAUCCAGAGCGACACGUGCACGCGUCGGCAUCGCUUAAAGUUUGUUUUCUUUGAACUAAUCAAGUCACAACUUGUUAAUGCUCAGAGAUUGAUGCAUUUAUUGACACGUUUGGUAGUGCCUAGUGAGUCAAAUUAUUCAUUUUGUAGUUGUGUACUGACACACUACUUCACUCAAUCGCUCUGUAGUUGGAAAGAAAUUGACAUAAAAUCAUUAUAAAUUUGAAUUGAAACGGCGAAGGCGAUGCCGUCAGUAAGAGCGAAAUGAAACCCUUUAAAAACCGCUAAAUUGAUUCAAAACCUAUUUGAUUUCGCUUUUUGGGAAAACCGGUUUUUUAAAGGUUAAGGUAGAGCCAAUCCUAAAUUAAACGCUCCUAAUGUACUUGAUACUGAUUUAGGUUUGAAACUUAACCGGUAAACAAGCCCUGACUAGUACUGCAUUACAGUCGCAAUCAUUAUAGGCAAUUACACUCGGUCGCUAGCCCGAAUACGAGUGCCAAUGGAAUACCAUUGGCACUCGUCGGGCAAACAACUAAGGGUAAAUAAACGGAGUCGAGUACGCCAGUAUUCGGGUAAUUCUACCCGAAUACUAGUGUACUCGACUCCGUUUUGUUUAUCCGACACCGUUUUCCAGCUUUCCAGUAAAUAUUGCUUCAGGUUCCCGAUUGAAGUAAAUGUCUUUGAUGCACCCAAUGAGGUUCUAAUAUAUAUGCAGGUUAUUCGCCAACAUUAUUGCAUUUAAAAGUGACACAAGUAGUGCUGUCCUCUUUACUCUUUGCGACUACUUGCCAUAUCGAUACGGAGGAGAAUGGCCAAAAGCGAAAUACGCCUUAUAUUAUUUGUUCAAGCUGUCAACUUUGUUUUCCAGACGGUCUCGAUCGAGCCGGUCCAGCUCGUAUAGUAGUCGCAGCUCGUCGCGCUCAUCCCGAAGCUCGUCGCGCUCCUCACGCUCGUCACGGUAAGCGAAACUAUUGCUUACAUAUGAGGAGCUGGCUAGCAAAAAUGUACAAUUCCAUAAAAUUAAAUUUAGCAAAAGCAUAUCUACAGUUAGCAGUUUUCGCGUGGUUUUCAAUUUAUUAAUUUUGUAAUCUUAACACUGUUUUAGGCGUUUUGAUUGAAGAUGAGUACAGAUUCAAAUUCAGCGGGCCCGAAACCUGUAUCGGACUGUAAAAAACAGUAUUUUGACCAGAUGCGUUAUUAUACCGUUUUGUUCGCCGGCUCCUCAUGUUGUAGUAACGAUAACAUUUGACGGCCGCUGGGGGUUUUCGAUUCGACCAUUUUAUAUCCAAGAAUGUAGCAAAAUGUACUGGUACCUACCGCCUUAUUCCAAAACGCCUACUAAAUUUAGGCUUGGUUUAAACUUAAUGUUGUCUCUUGAGUUCUUUUUAGCAAACAAAAGUAACAGCAUCAGUUUUGGUUCAGGUUUAACUCCAGUUUUGUAAUAAGUUUUUUUUGAUGUAUUUGACCUGUUUUCUCAGGAAGCUUCGUAUUUCGUGACGAGGUUUCCGUUAAAUAUUCGAUCGGCUCUAAAUAGCAGCGGUACUGUUCAUACAAAAUUGUUGUUAUUAUGGAGAUUUCAUUUCAGACUAGAGUAGAGUGGUGGAAACUUCAAAAAUUCGGUUUAGGAAGAUUUACGUUGCCAGUUGGCGCCAAUGUGACAGGAGGCCUUUAGUAUAAGUUUGUUUUAAUUGAUCUAUUUCAGGAAACCCUCAUUAUAAUUAUUUACCAAAAAAAAAAUAACAAAUUUAUCAAUCAAAACGCUAAAUAACGAUGACCUCCGUGGCCGAGUGGUUUGUACGCCGGGUUUCAUGGCUGUCGCCGACUCGAGAGGUCCCGGGUUCGAAUCCCGGUGGGGGCAGAUGUUUGUGUGAUGAAUACGAGCAUUUGUACUCCAGUCAUGGAUGUUUAAUAUGUAUUUAUAUAAAUAUACUUAUAUAUGUACAGUAUAUGUAUUCUAUCCGUUACCCUAGCAUCCCAUAACACAGGCCUUAUAGUGCUUACUUAGGGGCUAGGCUAAUUGGUGUGAGUGUUGGAAAUAUUUAUUAUUAUUAUUAUUAAAUAAGAAAAAGCGAACCGAAAACCCCCAACCGGCCCGCAGGCCCGCCGACGACGAGAUUAAUCGAAGUUUUCUUUUUUCCAAUCGCCCCUCUUACCGCUAAUGAACCGAACAAACCGUAAUGCAUGCAUGACGAUGCCACGAUCCAUCCGCUGGUACUACAUAAACCGCACAGUACAAUGACGGGCGUGUACGACGAUUACCGUAGAUCGAGCCCGUCGCGGCCGCGGACGAGAUCUCGCUCGCCGUCAAUACCGCGCCGCGCCGGCUCGCCCAGUUUCCUGGACCGAAGGCGCAUCACCAGGUACCAGCCGUGUACCCAAAAUGUGUUUUCAUAGCCAAAAUAUAUUGUACACAUACACAUCACACAGAAAAACACAAUAAUAGUAUUCAUACCUAAUAUUUAUAUUUUAUAGAAUAUAUACACACAUUACACAGACAAACGCAUGAAACGCACUACAGUCAUACUCAUACCAUUCAUUACACAGACAAACUCAUAAAACGCACUACAGUCAUACUCAUACCACACAUUACACAGACAAACUCAUAAAACGCACUACAGUCAUACUUAUACCAUUCAUUACACAGACAAACACAUAGAACAUACAUCAGUCAUACGCAUACCACACAUUACGCAGACAAACAUAUAAAACGCACUACAGUAAUACUCAUACCACACAUUACACAGACAAACUUAUAAAACGCACUACAGUCAUACUCACCACACAUUACACAGACAAACUUAUAAAACGCACUACAGUCAUACUCAUACCAAUCAUUACAGAGACAAACACAUAGAACAUACAUCAGUCAUACGCAUACCACACAUUACGCAGACAAACAUAUAAAACGCACUACAGUAAUACUCAUGCCACACAUUACAUAAAGAAACUCAUAAAACGCCUGAAAACCUAUUUGAUGCGUAUCGAGAUCGAGUUCAACUAUUCAAACCCGCUCUGACAGCCCACACACGUACCUAUAGUCGACCAUAUAAAGACACGAUACAUAUUAUAUUCACAACACAAACACUAAUAAAAACGCACAUCAGUCAUACACAUACAUAGGAAGAUAAUUUUUUACUUACACUCAUCACUUAAGCAUAUUCAGCACCAACUACACAGUUUAAAAUUUUGUAAACUACACAGUGUGUUUUAUAUGAAAGUUGAAGCCUUACUCGAGUUUAUUUUAUUGUUUUGUUAAGUUGCAGUAGAUUUAUUUUUGUUGUAAUAAGCUAAAUCUAUGUGUAUUUGCAUGUUUAGCUGUGUUUAAUGUGUCUUGCAAUUUAUUUCUAAUUUAAUUAUUUUUUCUUUACGCUCUUGCUAGACAAAAAUUAAUUCCAAAACUGCUGAAUAAUAACAGUGCAUUUUGCCAGGAGUGUCAAUGGCAGAUGAAUAAUUAAAAUAUAUCUGUUUGGCAACCUAAAAAAAAGUUAUGACUGGCAACAUUACACGAUGUCAUUUCCUGUGUAGAUGUAUAACGUAACGUACCGUAUGGGCGUUAUACACAUACAUACACUCACACGAAUACACCUUAUAUUUUUUGUGACGAAAUUUCUAAUGGACGGCUUCUACGAUCUUAAUUAAUAAUAAAUUAUAAGUAUUUCGUUUUCUGAAACUUUAAACCUCAAUUCAGCUCAAUCAAUAAACACCAUAUUAUUUAACAAAGAAAAAAAAUAUUAUAACCAUUUAUUCAAUACUCUCAUAAUAUUUAUUGGGAAUGGUAUGUAUCCUAAUACGUUCACACACACACACACACACACACACACACACACACACACACACACACACACACACACACACACACACACACACACACUUCAUACAGUGCCAGUGCUUUUAGCUGACUUUUGGGUUCUAACGACACGUUUGGGUUUUUCAAUAAUAACGCUUCUUAUAUACCGGAUGAAAACUAAAUACAGCAGCAACAUAUCAAGUUAUCAAGCGAGACAACUCGAAGGCAGUUGGAGAAAAGAGACAUUUCAUAUUCGUGUGGGACUUGGGCUAGGUCUUGUACAGAAUAUACAAAGGAUAUCAAUGACGUAGUCGACUCCAAUCGUUAAAAAUUUCAUAUUUAGCUCGUAUUUUUCGGUACAGAGAAUUUUAAAACCAAUUACGAAGUUGCAAAAUCCGUAAGGGCGAACAUAAUUUUCAACGUCAUUUUGACUUAUGUAUAUCAUCCGGUAUAGAUUCCGUGUGGUGUGAUUCCUCCCUUCACCUUUGUGCUAUGUAUUGCAAUUCUCCCGGGUUCAAAUAGGAUAAAAACAAAAUACCGUGUCUCUCCCUCGCCUUGAAUUAAAUCAUUUAAAAAUAUAAUCUUGACUUUGAUAUUCUAUUCACGGAAUAAAGUUAGUUUAGUGCUUUGUUUAUCACUUAAUACGCUUACAAAAGACACGGGUGGAAAACAGCGUCACGCGAGAAAGGGAGCUGUCAUUGGCCGUAAUAACUACAGCAAUACAAUCCGGCUAUCCGACCAAUGACAGAAAAGCUUCGCGUUCGUCGUUUCUAUCUUUUUUCCGUGAACCUAGUAUAUUAUAUAAAACUUAUACUCUUUGACAGAUAGACAACCCACUUUUGGGCUAGCCUCACACAGUCUGAAUCAGAAUCUGAAUCCUUAAUAUGAAUUCAUGAUGUGAAUUCUGGGGUAAUUUGACUCAAGUCUUAUAAAUUCCAUUUGAUCAGUUGUCUUGCGAACGUCUCUUAGUAAAUAUAGUUUAAAGGGUCAACCAUACAUCAGAGAUUAUAUCUACUGACAAAUUCGCUAUCUGUUUCCGUUUGUGUAUACUUGUGUAUACUAUCUUGGGUUUUUGUAUUUUUUUCAUAUUAUGAAACCAUAAUUCGUUUGAAUUCAUAACGCUUGUCAGUUUCAUUCUGUAAGAUCAAUGUGACACAUUCAUAAUCGGAAAUCAGAACGUGUGAGGAUAUUAGUGAAAUUUUAUGCAAUUUCAUGUGCUCUGGAUUAAUAAUAUGAAUUCAUAUUAAGAAUCUAGAUUAUGAAUCCAAAUUUUGAUAAAGUCUGUGUUAUGUCAAAGAGAAUAAAAAGUUCUAUACAUCAAAGUUGACUGUUCUUUAGGAAAGGCGCUGUCGAUGGGUCUUAACAUGGGCACCUUCAUACAAAACAAAAGAAUUUCAGAACGCCCGAUAACUUGCUGUAUAAAUAUCGUUUUACCAGUGUGCUAGGUGUAUUUAACACGUGUGUCGCUUUUUUACACAGGUUUUUUAAUGCUUUUCACUAUUUUAUUUUGCCGACAUGCUAUAACACAGAACGUAAUAAUAUGUGUAAUUAGGAAACUUAGAAGCUAUCAGUACUCAGAACCCCAAACACGAAAACUAACGAGAAUGUAUUCGUGCCGUCAUGUCAAAUUUUCUAUGGAAAAAUAUAGUUUGCUCUUACAUCCGGUAGGAGCGCUGUUUAGAUUCCAUAGAAACUUUGACGACGCGAUGCGACUACAGUAGGUAAUCUUAACACGAAUCAAUAUCGAAUUAGAAUAGUUUGCGAGUCUGAAAUGUCAUUGUUAAAUUUGUACUGAUUUUUAGUUCUCGUUACUUCUGUUGUGACGCUGCUGUUCAAGUUUCCAUACAAAAUUUGGCAAUGUCAUUGCGCAUUCACAAACUAUUCGUAUUGGAUAUUGGUUCGUGCUAAGGGUACGGGUCUGGCAAAGUUCGUACUUGGGGUAAAGUUGUUUUUUUAAAUUAUUUUUACGGUACUUAUAUCAAGUUCUGUGGCUAUGGCUUGUCUCAUAUAUUGUAGUUACGCCCCUCUUUUACUUUUUAUUUUUUUUCUUUUAUAGAAAACGGAAAUAUAGCACGACUUCCGAAGACUCGAGUAGUAGCUCCGAUUAGUGUGCAGUGAAUGUGCUAGUGUGGAAUUCAUUUUAUUUAAGCUUAAGAUAUAUGUAUUCAAAUAUUAUAAUUAUUUAGUAAGAAUCCAUUAUUCUAAUAUAAAGCCAGAAUUCAGUAUAUAUGUUUCAUUUAAUCGCCAUUGGUACCACAGACAGACUAAUAAAUUACUUUGUGUAAAUUUAAAUGGGAAAAUUCAUUGGCUGUGAUGUUUAAUAACUCUUCUAUAUAUAAACCAUACUGUUAUUUAAAUAAGUGUGAUUUUAUUAACCUGCUUGCCUAACAUGGGUGUGCUAUUUGUUUUAUCUACUCACAGUUUAAUAUAAGUUAGUCUAUGGAUAAACAAUUUUCAUUAAUGUUGAUGUUUUUCCUCCCUAGCGCACCCAUAAUAGAUCUAACAUAUUCAACGAAUAAAUACAAGUAUAGAAGAAGAUGAAACGGCUCUGAAGUGUUCAAAUAUCGGCAAUUAUCCUAUUUAUGUUUAAUGAGCGCCAGCUAGUAGGCAUUGUGCUAUAUACAUACGUGGACAUUUUAUCGCAAGUGUGUUUUCUGUUUCGAUUAUAUUUAGUUUGUUUUAUCACAUUAAAGUUUAUUAUAAAUCUUUAGUUGU